CCAACAUCCACGGACGCGAAGAUCACGCACGUUGUCGGCGCAGGACGGCACUUCUCGUUCUCGUCAUGGCAACCACGUGGGCAUCAUUGCAGGCGCGGCUGCAAUCGACGGUGGAUUAUGAGCAAUCGGAUGCCGCCUCCGACCUGUUUGAUUUCUGGUUCAGCUUGGCGGCUGACUUUGCGCAGACUGGAUCGAAUAUUGUGAUCAUGCAGCGCAACACCCGCCAAGCUCUCGAGAUCAUCUUCGAUACGUACCCCGUGCAACGGAUUCGCGACCCAUCCACGGAUCUCUACGCCGCGAGAGAACUCUUUCGUCACGCUCAGGCCAUCUUUGAGAUCCUCCGAACAAAACCCAAGUUCACGGCGUUGCUCGACCCGUUCCUCAUCGACACGAUGCACGACCCGAGUGUCAACUCGCUCAGUCUGUACCUGGCAACGACUGGAGUUCAUUCCCUUGAGCUCGUUGCGUACGGCGACAACAUCCAUUCCGGCACCCGUGUUGAUGCGAUCGCGACGCUCGAGAGUCUCUUGGAGUUGUGGGAGUUUCUUGCAGCGGGUCCAUGGGCUCAUUCAUACUCCCCUUCUCCCUCGCAAUCUUUUUCACCGGGGUGUGUCUUGACGUUCCAGCUGGCGCACCUGGCUCAAACGAUCUCGUCCGUCUCGACGGACUCGAUUGUGCGCGAUGUCGCCAUCGUGCUCCUCCAACGCAUCGCUCGCUUCGACACGUCGUAUGCGCCGGUGAUCGCUCUCAGCCGAGUCGCGAGGGAUGUGCUGGCGCUCUCUCCCCUCUGGUCCAUGGGAGUGCUGGCCUCGUCCGCCGCGAUGGAGAACCUCAUGUCCAAAGUCGUUGCAACAUCCACGGAACAUGCUGCUGCCAAGGCGCUCUAUUGCACCGCCGUCAUGGAGUCGCUGUACGAAGCGCUGAUGAACCAUCGCUCAAGCCGCGAAUGGGCAUUCAAUGCCGACGUGCAUGAGGCGAGACUGACGCAGCUCUUUCACGCGUGUUUGCACACGUACAAACUGCAUCCGAAUGAAGCGAAUCGCGCCGUUCUACCUGACGCAUACCUCCACGCGAUGGAAAGCAUUCUGUUAAACUACCCAGACUGCGUCGGCAUUGUCCAGUUUGCGCUCGACACCAACGAGUACGGCAUGGUUGCCCUGAUCGGCCGCACGGCCCACGUGUUCGCGCCGGCCGUGUGGACCGACCUCGUCCUGCCCUUUGCACGGGCGCAGCUGGCGCUCCUUCCGCUGCAGGGGGUGUCUGGCAACCAGCGCGAUCAAGAAAUUGUGAAUCUUGUCCGAGAAGCAUGUCGGCUCUACUACCUCAACAUCGACCGAGUCCCGCCGCCAUUGCUCGGUCGCAAUGUGUUUUUGACUGUCAUCCAAGCCAUUCGACAUGGGUACAUCGAAACGGAGCGGUUCACGGAAAUCCUGGCGCUGAUCUUGCACCGGCAUUACUCGAUGGGGCAUGUUCAAGUAUACCAGUGGCUCCCGACGCUGUUGCUGCCCGAGGUGGCGCACAACCACAAGACGCGCCGGGCGCUCGUGGAAGCUGUCCUCAUCGCACUGGGUCUUCAAAACUCGGCGUUUGGGCUCGAAAACGCCGUCAUGUCGGCCGAGACGAGCCGAGCGAUCUCGGACGCAUUCUCCGUCAUUGUGGCCAAGUUGCGCACCGGGCCCGCUGACAUGUUGUGGCACGAAAUCUGCCUCAAUUUUGGUCCAUUCGUCCACGAGCACCGCUCAGCCCUCGCCGCCCUUCUCCAUUCCAUUGGCCUCGAGCUGGACGCGUGCGCCAGUCGUGGCGUGAUUGCGGUGGACCGGUUGGAAUCUCUCACCGAGCUCCUGUAUGCCAUGUCGACCCGCAUCGAUGCGUCCGAUGCGAUUGCCGUCGUGCAGCUAUCGCUUCAAGUGAUUCAACUGGGGGCGGGGGCGAUCACGUCCAACAUGUUUGAGGGCACCCUCGUCAACGCGCUCGACUUGCUCUCGGACAAGGACAACGGUCUCGAUCUGGUCACGACAGAGUUGGCGCUGAGUGUCUGCGGCCCGCGCACCCGCGCCGCGUUGGCUCGACAUGUGCCCCAUCUAUGCCUGGAGGACGUUGACCCGAUGGUGCGCCAAGCGGCGCUGCGGUACAUGCUGCCUCGUCCAGAUUUGAUUCGCGCGCACUCCCUCGCCGUCAUUCGGUCCCUGUAUUGGAUCCACAAUCCAAUGUUCAAAGCUGAAGACGCAUCCGCGAAGCUGUGUGUCGACCAGCUCGCGCUCGCCACCGAGGCGUGCCCGGUCCUCGUCGUGCUGGCCGAAGUGUCACCGCUUUACGUGAAGGAAUGCGUCCUCAAGCUGCUCAGCGCCGCCAACAUCAGCGCCGUCAACGAUCCGCUGAGCGAAGCCAAGUUCAUUUUACCGCAUUUGGAUCGUUUGGCCACGAAUGUGCCGCGCAACGCGCUGAUUCGCCUCGUGCUGAGUCCUGCAGGCAUUUCGUUGCUUCCGCUGCUGGUCUUUCUGAGCGCCAAGUGGCAGCAGCUAGUCCAGGAGAUGAUGCAAAGCGGGUUUGUUGUUGAAUCGACCGACGCGUCGUCUGCCACUGACGCCUCCGAGUUCUCCAAGUUGGACCGUAUGAUGCGGAUGAAUCGCCGCGGAGCCACGCCGCGGACCUUCCACUGCACAGUGCUCGGACGCGACACCCUCACCCAACUCUUGGGAUCCGAAACUGCCGAUACGGCGCACAAUGUCCCGUCUCGAAACCAACUGCACCACCUUAUCGUGGCCGAGCACGAAAAAGGCGGGUUCAUGAAGGCCCUGCGGCUUGCCAACACGAUGCGGGCAUGGUAUCCCGACGAUUAUGUCGAGCUCGGCACGCACACUUUGGUGCUGCAGAUGUUGCUGCCCAAGGUCAAGGAUGCGCACUUUCCGCGUAUGUCCAUGAACGGGUUCGCCCCGUCCACGUUGGAAGCGUUCUCGACAUACUACCGCAUCAUGCACGAAGUCAAACUGCUCUUCCCCGUCGAGUCCGAGUCGAUUCUGCAACUCUCGACCCUCCUCGAUGCGCUGUGCUUGGCCAAACUCCACGAAGUCAUCGCCAUUUGCGGCUGUGACGCCGCCCGCACAUGGAUGGAUCUGCAUGGGUUCCACUCGGCCACGGCAGCCGCAGCACUCCAAGAAGCGUCGCGUGCCGUUGUCAAGCCACCCCUUCCGUUCAUCCCGUCGGCGGUACCGCUGCCAAUGGCAGCCCCUGUGCAACCAUCGGCGCCAUUGUGGGUCGAAACAAUGCUGCAUGUACUCGAUGGCGACUUGCCCGCCCUUGCUCUGGACAGCAUCACCCUCACCGAGUAGAUAUCUGUCGAGUAAAUCCAAAACGACUCGACUCUGAAGACGACAUGUGUCAUCG